AUCACGACACCUUGCGCAGCUGUCGGUGGUCUCGUGAUCAGCUGACCGGUUAGCUCGGUUCGUCGGUUGGAAGCGACACGAGCGGAGAGGAAACCGAUUCUUGGAUUUAUCCUCCCCGGAGGGACUCGUUCUUCUCUCGGCCUCUGAUAACGGAAGGUGCCCCAGUAGCAGCCGCUGUUUCCGACUUGCUGCCAUAAUGUCAGGGAACAGCCUGGUUCUACCCAUAGUGCUUUGGGGCCGCAUGGCGCCGACCCACUGCAUCAGCAGCCUCCUGGUGAUGGACGACUUCAGCACCAUCAUCACCGGCUGCCACGACGGACAGAUCUGCCUCUGGGACAUGACGCCAGAGCUGGAGAUUUGUCCCAGAGCCAUGUUGUUUGGCCACACAGCCUCCAUCACCUGCCUGUCCAAGGCCAGCGCAUGCAGCGACAAGCAGUACAUCGUCAGCGCUUCAGAGAGCGGGGAGAUGUGCUUAUGGGAUGUGAAUGAUGGACGCUGUAUUGAGUUCACUAAGCUGGCCUGUGCUCACACUGGUAUUCAGUUCUAUCAGUUCACCAUCGGCACUGAGAAGGAAGGCCGCCUGCUCUGUAAUGGACAUUACCCAGAAAUCCUUGUGGUCGACGCCACCAGCCUGGAGGUUCUCUACUCGCUGGUGUCUAAGAUCUCUCCUGACUGGAUCAGCUCCAUGAGCAUCAUCAGAUCCCAUCGCACACAAGAGGACACGGUGGUGGCGGUAUCAGUGACGGGCAUUUUGAAGGUCUGGAUCAUAACAGCUGAGGUCAGCAAGAUGCAGGACCUGGAUCCUGUGUUUGAAGAAGAGUCCAAACCCAUCUACUGUCAGGGCUGUCAGAGUAUUUCCUUCUGUACCUUCACCCAGAGCAGCCUGCUGGUCGUCUGCUCAAAGUACUGGAGGGUGUUCGAUGCUGGCGACUAUUCGCUGCUCUGCUCGGUGCCCAGCGAAAACGACCAGGCCUGGACCGGAGGAGAGUUCAUCGCGGCCGACAAAGUCAUCAUCUGGACCGAGGACGGCUGCAGUUACAUUUACAAGCUGCCGGCCAGCUGUCUGUCUGCCAGUGAACAUUUCCGUAGUGAUGUUGGGAAAACUAAAGAAGGUUCGAUCCCUCCGCUGGUCUACAGCAUUGCAGAUCGCACCGACAAACAGCUCCUCAUCUGUCCUCCGGUGACUCGGUUCUUCUUCGGCCGGCGAGAGCCUUUCCAUAAGCUGCUGAUCCAGGGAGACUCGGCCGGUCGACUGUCGCUGUGGAGCAUCCCGGAUACCUCACCUCUGCAGCCUCUGUCCACCUCCUCAGAGCUGCAGAUUUCUUCCACCAUCAGUCUCCAGGAGGCGUUCGAUAAGCUGAUCCCGGUGUCUGCAGGAAUCAUCGACCAGCUCAGCGUCAUGCCUGGGAAAGAGGAACCCAUCAAGGUGACGGCCAGCGUCUACAUCCCGUCUCAGGGUCGCCUGGUUUGCGGCAGAGAAGACGGCAGCAUCAUCCUGGUUCCUGCUACUCAAACCGCCAUCGUCCAGCUGCUGCAGGGCGAACACAUGCUGAGGAGAGGUUGGCCUCCACACCGAACCCUCCGAGGCCACAGGAACAAGGUGACCUGCGUCCUGUAUCCCUACCAGAUCUCCCCCCGAUACGACCAGCGCUCCCUGGUGUCCGGGGGAGUCGACUUCUCCGUCAUCGUCUGGGACAUUUUCACCGGAGAGAUGAAGCACAUCUUCUGUGUCCAUGGAGGGGAGAUCACCCAGCUCAUCGUACCGCCGGAGAACUGCAGCACUCGGGUGCAGCACUGCGUCUGCUCGGUGGCCAGCGAUCACUCCGUCGGCCUGCUCAGCCUUCGGGAGAGGAAGUGCAUCAUGCUGGCUUCCCGACACCUGUUCCCCAUCCAGGUCAUCAAGUGGCGUCCAGCUGACGACUACCUGGUGGUGGGAUGUUCUGACGGCUCCGUCUACGUCUGGCAGAUGGAUACAGGAGCCUUGGACCGCUGUGUGAUGGGAAUAACCGCAGUAGAGAUCCUGAACGCCUGCGACGAACUGGCUCCGGCCACCGUUGACGCUCUGAGCCACUCGGCGGUGAACCUGAAGCAGGCAAUGACCCGUCGCAGCCUGGCGGCGCUGAAGAACAUGGCCCAGCACAAACUGCAGACGCUCGCCACCAACCUGCUGGCCGCAGACAACGCCGACAAGGGCAACUUGCCGAAAUACUCCCACAACGCCCUGGUGGUCCAGGCCAUGAAGACCAACCUGACGGACCCCGACAUGCACGUGUUGUUCUUUGACGUGGAGGCGGUGAUCAUCCAGCUGCUGACUGAAGAAGCCCAGAGACCGAAUCCCACGCUGGUGUCUCCAGAGACGCUGCAGAAGAGCCAAGCUGGAGCCGACAAGGGAGGCUCCCUCCUGGCCAACAAGUUCUUCAAACAGGUGAAGGAAACCGUGAAGGAGACGAUCAAGGAGCACCUCCUGGACGAAGACGAGGAGGAGGAGGAGGAGAUGAGGAGGCGCGAGGAGAAGUCCAAGUCACUGAGUCUGCUGGAGUACAACCUGACCAUGGACACGGCCAAGCUCUUCAUGUCCUGCCUCCACGCCUGGGGCCUCAACGAACAGCUGGACGGCAUCUGUCUGGACCGACUGGGCAUGCUCAGACCGCACUGUCCAAUCUCCUUCGGCCUGAUCUCCAGAGGAGGUCACAUGUCCCUGAUGCUGCCCACCUUCAAGGAGUCUUUGCUGCGUCAGUUGUCCCUGGCGACGGGUCUGAAGCUCACGUUGUCAGACAUCGUCGGAAAAGGGACGUAUGGCGUCUCGAGGGCCGUCACCACCCAACACCUCCUGUCCGUCAUCUCUCUGGCCAACACCCUGAUGGGGAUGACCAACGCCACCUUCGUCGGAGAACACAUGAAGAAAGCACCGGCCAGGCCUCCCAGACCAGGAGGAACCCCGGAGACUCCUCGCAGGACGCCUGCCGUCCCCCCUCAGCCCUCCAACCCGGCGCUACAGGCCCAGAUCAAACAAGCUGCUGUAGCUGCCAGCACCGGCACUGCUGCCUCUGCUGGGGCUCCGGGGGCCCCUCGGAUGCCUCCUCAGGGGGCCCCUGGCUCCCCCGGCCCCCAUAGCAUCCCCUCAGUCAACGAAGGAUGGAGUCAGCUGGCAGCCAUGCACUGUGUGAUGCUACCUGACCUCCUCGGACUGGACAAGUUCAGACCUCCGCUGCUGGAGAUGUUGGCGAGAAGGUGGCAGGAUCGCUGUCUGGAGGUACGAGAAGCAGCUCAAGCUCUUCUGUUGGCUGAGCUGAGAAGGAUCGGCCAAUCAGGACGCAAGGACACCAUCGACAUGUGGGCUCCCUACCUGCCUCAAUACGUGGAUACAGUCAGCUCCCCUGGUGCGUCCACCGAGCCAUCGACGCCGGCUCCGCCCCCUCCAGAGGCUCAGCCAAUAGAAACCAAAGUUCCAGAGGAGGAAAUGGACGUGACCGACGACGACAUCACUGCAGGUUGUCUGUCCAACCUUCCACCGAACGCCAAGAAGAUCUCCAACUCGUACGAGGAGCGUCGCAAACAGGCCACCGCCAUCGUGCUGCUGGGAGUCAUCGGAGCCGAGUUCGGCGCCGAGAUCGAACCUCCUAAAGGUUCCGCUCGGGCCCGAGCUGGUGGCCAGGCGCCUGAAGGUUUCGGACUGACGAGCGGAGGGUCGUCCAACUACUCACUGGCCAGACACACCUGUAAAGCGUUGACCUUCCUGCUGCUGCAGCCCCCUAGCCCCAAGCUGCCCCCCCACAGCACCAUCCGCCGCACCGCCAUCGAUCUGAUUGGCCGAGGCUUCACCGUGUGGGAGCCUUAUAUGGACGUGUCCGCGGUGCUCAUGGGACUUCUGGAGCUUUGUGCCGACGCCGAGAAGCAGCUGGCGAACAUCACGAUGGGUUUGCCGCUCAAUCCUCCGGCAGAUUCAGCUCGUUCUGCCCGCCAUGCCCUCUCUCUGAUCGCCACCGCCAGACCUCCGGCCUUCAUCACCACCAUCGCCAGAGAGGUUCAUCGGUUCAAUGCCGCCCAGGCGAAUUCUCAGUCGCAGCAAAACGUUCACACCACGACUCUGGCCAGAGCCAAAACCGAGAUCCUGCGAGUGAUCGACAUCCUGAUCGAGAAGAUGCCUGGAGAUGUCGUGGAUCUGCUGGUUGAAGUGAUGGACAUCAUCAUGUACUGUAUUGAAGGUUCUCUGGUGAAGAAAAAAGGCCUGCAGGAGUGUUUCCCUGCUAUUUGCAAGUUCUACAUGGUUGGUUACUGUGAUCGCAGUCAUCGCAUCGCCGUUGGAGCUCGCCAAGGCUCAGUGGCUCUCUACGAUGUUCGUACUGGAAAAUGCCAGAACAUCCACGGACAUAAAGGUCCGAUCACAGCGGUGUCGUUCGCCCCUGAUGGCCGUUACCUAGCAACCUACUCCAACGCCGACAGCCACAUCUCCUUCUGGCAGAUGAACACCAGUCUGCUGGGCAGCAUCGGCAUGUUGAACUCGGCUCCUCAGCUCCGCUGCAUUAAGACCUACCAGGUUCCUCCGGUCCAGCCGGCGUCUCCGGGCUCCCAGAACCACCUGAAACUGGCCCGACUCAUCUGGACCUCCAACCGCAACGUCAUCCUGAUGGCCCACGACGGCAAAGAGCAUCGCUUCAUGGUCUGAGCUCCACCUCAUCUCCACUGACAGACCUGGGCCUGUGGAGGGUUUUUGGCUCUGAAGCAGGUUCUGAAUUCUCCUGCUGGAUCUGAUCAGUGGUACGGAGAGGUAAAAACCCAGCUCAGGCUCAGGUUUGGGUUGAGUUUCACCUCCACUGUGAGGACAGAAGGCUUGUUUACAUUCUGAUUUGCAUUGAUGUGUUUUUGGACCCUUCCAUCCUGACAUUCUUAUUUAUUUGCUGUUCUUCUGGACGUCACACUUCUCAAGUAGUUGCAAUCAUUUGGCUUCUCGUCUAGUUUUUAGUUUAUUCCGAUUCUCUAUAUAAACAUUUUAAUUGUUUUCUACAUAUCGCAGUAAUUUGAGGAUUUAAUUUGCAGAAACACUGAUUAAAACAUAGUUGUGUUUAUUUUGGAGGCUACGUGUAAAUUUCCGUCUUUUCUUUGCUGGACUCAAUCAUUUGUGGUGACUUCCUGCUCCGACCACUACAAGCUUUCCACAUUUCAAACUGCAUAAAUGUGAGUGUGUGUGGGUACUUUGCCUUUACUUCUGUCACACCUUUCAGAGCUUUUCCAUCCUCUGAGCUUCACACAGAUGUGUUUGCACCCAAGUGUAUUUUCACUGUUAAACACACAUUCUCACUUCAGGCUGCUCGUCCUAAAAGCUCCAAGCCUUUAGAUGCUGCAGGUGAAGCAGUGCAGAGAUGAAGAAAAGUCACCAGGGGACACAGGGAUGUUAUUCUGGAUAAUUAAACUGGAUGCUGUGAAGCACUGAUCAUCACAGGAAUCAAAAAGAAGCGACUUCAGCUCAGUUUAGUUCCCAUUAGAUGCACUGAUUAGCCAUAAUAAUGCUUAAUAAUGCAUUGGUCUCUCUUAAUAUCAGUCUAAUUAGUGCAUUUUCAUAGUAUGCAGUCCUUUAAAUCUUGAUUUUGACCUGUAUGUACAUUAGAAAAUCAGCGUUAUUCAGCCUUAGAGGUAAACUUGCAGAACUCGUGUUGUUGUUUUUUUUCCCACAAAAAGUCCAAACUCCCCAAUGAACCACAUCUUUAUGCCACUUAUGUCUGCCUUUUCUUUGUUAUCUUUCUUUCUCUGGGCCUAAAAAACCUCCUGGAGGUUCGAACAUGUGAAAGAAAUUCUCCAAACUCCCAUUUUUCUGCAGGAUUGUUUGUUUCUUUGCAGACGAUGACGCUUUCUAUUCGCCUCAUGGAUGUGAAAACUUCUCUUCUUCCUGCAGCUUUUCUCUUUCAUUCAUGUGUCUUUUAGGAAUUAAAAAUGUCCACAUUCAGCUGAAGUAAUGUAUGCAGUGUGUUCAUCUUGUACAGUGAGCUCUGAUCCGGUUUGCUGGCCGUCUGCCUGGCACCGACUAGUUCUUCAGAGGAGUGAAAUUACAUCAAUAAUAAGACCUGUGUGAGCUCUUUUUUUUUUUCAAACUAUUAGGGACUUUUUUUGUCAAGUUGCUUGGAAAUUGAGAAGUUUGCUUUCAACUAGAAGUAUCAGUGGGCCUAAUUUAAAAAGCCAAAAUGACGAUAACAAUAAAAAUAGCUGAAGAAAGGCUUCUAGAAGGGACAGAUUUCUAUUAUUUGUCUCAUUUCUUAGAACUGAUUAGUCUCUAGCAAACAACAGGAGUAGAACCAGGCUUGAACCAUCGUUUUUAGGAGGAACAUCUGUUUAAACAUCUGUUUAAAAAGCAGCUUAACAACAUUCUGUUUUUGCAGUCGAUGCGCUGUUAGCUUACUGAUGCGUUUUUCUUCACGGUUGAUGACACAUAUUUGCACAUUAUCCCUUAAAUGUUGGUCUCGAGUUUAAAUUUUAGCUUUAGCAGAGUUUUAUGCAGAGAGUAUUAUGUAGAGUUAUAUAUAAAGUAUAAAUCAAAUGUGAUGUUGUGCGGCUCUUCCCUCGCUUUUGCGUCCGUGUUUCUUCGUCCGUCCUUCCUCUGUCAGUUUCAUUAGUGCUGUCAGAAAGCUUCUAACACCGUUACACACCUGUAAGCCCGAGUGUGUCAAAGCUUUUCACAAGUUCUUCCUCUCUUAUAAAAGAAAAAAACAUCCGACGUCUCAUCGGGAGGGUUUUUGAGAACACGCACACAAACACGUCCGGUCCGACGGCUUCCUGACAGCUCUGAGAUCUUAAUCUUUCGUUUUCUCCGCCACCCUUAACGGUUUGCGAGAAGAUGUUUUUGGCAGCCUCCCGGGGGAGGGAGGGUGAGAAAAAAUAAGGGAGAGCUGAAGAGUAAGUAAGAAGUGAGGAAGAUCGGCUCAUCCAGCCAGAAAAAAAGCCGCUGCUGUGGUCGAGGUAGUGAAGCAAAAUGUCUAAAAGUACCUUCAGGGGAUAAACAAAAAAGAAAUCAGACAACAAGUGGUGCAGUUCCUGAAAACAUCCACAAAGCUGCAAAUUGAUCUGCAAUUAUUUCUGACACUAAGAAGCUGUUUCAUGUCAAGAUUUUACUUUUUUCUUUACUGAUUUUAGCUCCCUUUCCCUCGUUUUGUUCGUACUCGGUGUGAUCGCUAAGGACCUCCUGCUUUAGUUUUCUGUAUUUAUUGUUUACAGUAACCUCAGUCUACAUAUUUAAGUGAAGUACUGCAUGUAUAUGAGCUUCCCUUGAUGUUACACAGAGCAGGUUGAAUCAUAAACGUGUGUUGUGUUGAAACGUGUUGUUGUUGUUGUUGACUUUGUGUCCAAUAAAGUUGAAGUGAGACAGUG